GCCGUCUCCCUCCCGCACGGUUUUUUUACACACACAGAGCGGCGCUACUAGGCCCCUCCCUCCUCCCUUUGGCUCAAAAUGGCGGCGCUGUCGGCCGCGGCCGCUGAAGAGACGAAGAAGGCGGAGGAGGAGGCGAGGGCCGGUCGGGCGCGCGGAGCCACAAUAGAGAGGCGAUAGAGUUGGGGGGAAAGAGCGUCCCCGCCGGGCUCUCUGGCUGGCUGGUCCUCCAGAGCCCCGCCGCCGCUGCCGCCGGUGGAGCCGGUCUAGCAUGGUGCGGGGCCGACGCCGCCUGCCCCCCGACGCCCACGCCGCCCCGACCUGACCUCUGCCUCCUGCCUGCCUUCCUUCCUUCCUCCCUCCUCUGCCUCCUGCUCCUCCGGUUGGCAGCAUGGGCGAGAGGCUGGAGCUGCGGCUGAAGUCCCCCGUGGGAGCCGAGGCGGCCGUCUACCCCUGGCCCCUGCCCGUCUACGACAAACACCAUGAUGCUGCUCAUGAAAUCAUUGAGACCAUUCGGUGGGUCUGCGAAGAAAUUCCAGACCUCAAGCUCGCUAUGGAAAACUAUGUUCUAAUUGACUACGAUACUAAAAGCUUUGAAAGCAUGCAAAGACUUUGCGACAAGUACAACCGCGCCAUCGAUAGCAUUCACCAGUUGUGGAAAGGUACCACCCAACCCAUGAAACUCAACACCCGGCCUUCUAAUGGGCUCCUUCGCCACAUUCUGCAGCAAGUGUAUAACCACUCGGUGACUGACCCAGAAAAACUCAACAACUAUGAGCCCUUUUCCCCAGAGGUUUACGGAGAGACCUCCUUUGACUUGGUGGCCCAGAUGAUCGAUGAGAUUAAAAUGACAGAGGAUGACCUGUUUGUAGACUUGGGCAGUGGUGUGGGUCAAGUUGUUCUACAGGUAGCCGCAGCCACAAACUGCAAGCAUCACUAUGGUGUGGAGAAAGCGGACAUCCCGGCUAAAUAUGCUGAGACGAUGGACAAAGAAUUCAGAAGGUGGAUGAAAUGGUAUGGGAAAAAACAUGCAGACUACACACUGGAAAGAGGUGACUUCCUCUCAGAAGAAUGGCGAGAGAGAAUUGCAAAUACAAGUGUUAUUUUUGUGAAUAACUUUGCCUUUGGUCCUGAGGUGGAUCACCAGUUGAAGGAACGCUUCGCAAACAUGAAGGAAGGUGGCCAGAUUGUAUCCUCGAAACCUUUCGCACCGCUAAACUUCAGAAUAAACAGUCGAAACUUGAGCGACAUUGGCACUAUAAUGAGAGUUGUAGAAUUGUCACCACUGAAAGGAUCUGUCUCAUGGACCGGGAAACCAGUUUCUUACUACCUGCAUACCAUUGAUCGAACAAUACUUGAAAACUACUUCUCUAGUCUCAAAAAUCCAAAACUCAGGGAGGAACAAGAGGCAGCUAGGCGCAGACAGCAAAAAGAAAACAAGAGUAACACAACGACUCCGACAAAAGUCCAAGAGAACAAGCAGGACGAUGGUGCUGAAGAAGAGAAACUCCCCGGAGCCAACGCCAUCAAAAAGCCUUCUCCGUCCAAAGCGCGCAAGAAGAAGCUGAGCAAGAAGGGAAGGAAAAUGGCUGGGAGGAAGCGCGGGCGCCCCAAGAAGAUGAACGUUGGGAAUGCAGAGCGCAAACCCAAGAAGAACCAGACUGCGCUGGAGCUGCUCCAUUCUCAAACCGUCUCACAGACAUGCUCGUCCUCUCCUCAGGAUGCUUACAGGUCACCUCAUAGCCCAUUCUACCAACUACCUCCGAAAGUGCAGCGGCAUUCGUCAAACCAGCUCUUGGUGACUCCAACCCCUCCUGCACUCCAGAAGCUGCUAGAUUCUUUUAAGAUCCAGUACAUGCAAUUCAUGGCAUACAUGAAGACCCCUCAGUACAAGGCGAACCUUCAGCAGUUGCUGGAACAGGAGAAGGAAAAGAACACUCAGCUGCUAGGAAAGGCCCAGCAGUUGUUUACUCACUGUCAGGCUCAGAAAGAAGAAAUCAAGCGAUUGUUCCAGCAGAAGUUAGAUGAGCUGGGCGUUAAGGCUCUGACGUACAACGACCUUAUUCAGGCCCAGAAAGAGAUCUCUGCUCACAACCAGCAGUUGAAGGAACAGAGCAAGCAGUUGGAGAAAGACAACAGUGAGCUCAGGAACCAGAGUUUACAGCUGUUGAAGGCCAGGUGCGAAGAACUGAAGCUGGACUGGUCAACCCUUUCACUGGAGAAUCUGCUCAAAGAAAAGCAAGCACUGAAAAACCAGAUUUCUGAGAAGCAGAAGCAUUGCUUGGAACUGCAGAUCAGCAUCGUGGAGCUUGAGAAGAGCCAAAGGCAGCAGGAACUGCUGCAGCUGAAGUCAUACAUGCCCCCUGAGGAGUCUUUGCUGGCACAGCCUCGGCACAAAAGCCACCUGAGCCGUGAAGCAGAACCCGACCAGGGCCUCUUCCACCUUGAGCUGGAGUGCUCCAAGUUCCCGCCGCCCCAGAUCAACGGCAUGAGCCCAGAGCUCUCCAUGAAUGGCCAUGCCACGGCCUACGAGAUUCACAAUGCCCUCAGCCGCCCCUCUUCCAAGCAGAGCACCCCCCAGUACCCGGCUCCUCACCUGGACCAAGAUAUCGUUCCUUGCACCCCCAACCACAGUUCCAGGCAGAAGCCAGACAAGGCAUCUAGCUUGUCCUUGCCGGAUUAUACCAGGUUUUCCCCGGCCAAGAUUGCCCUCCGGAGGCAUUUGAACCAGGACCACGUUGGUGGCGGGAAAGCAUCCUGUGGAGAGAAUCAUCAGAGAGUUGAGCACCUAAAGGAGAAUGGCCUUACCUUUCCAAGCCCUACGCUAUCAAAUGGCAUAAAAAUGAGUCCUCUGGAACCCCGGCCAUCUUCUCCAGCAGCCUUGCCAGUCACAAAUGAGAAGGCUUUGCGUGAGAGGUCAUCUGUGAAUAACGGGGAGACGAUCACCAGCCUUCCCAUCAGUAUUCCCCUCAGCACAGUGCAGCCCAAUAAACUCCCUGUUAGUAUCCCCUUGGCCAGCGUAGUCCUACCUAGCCGUGUUGAGAAGGUGAGAAGCACACCCAGUCCUGUCCACCAGAAUCGUGAUUCCCUUUCAACACUUGAAAAACAAUAUGGUGCUAGUUCUCAUAAUGGCAUUAGCAGUGCUGCUGGCAACAAGCCACUGACUUUGGCUACCUCAGGUUUUUCUUAUAUGUCCGGCUCUGCGUCACUCAACGGGACUCUUCCCAACAGCCCUGCCCAGUCGAACCACAGCAUCGACCACGCAGCUCUUGAAGAUGUGUCCAGUUCAGGAAGUUUGUUCAACUCGUCGGGAUCUCGCAGCUCCACGCCUCAGCACCCUUCCUUGCUUAUGAUGCCGUCACGGACCUCAGGGCAAAACUCGCCUGCCCACCAGCACUCGGCGAGUCCGAGGUUGAAUGGGCUCUCCCAGAACCUGGGAGGGGUGCUGCAGUAUGUGGAGGCCCAGAAGAUGUUCUCUGAAGGCUCCCGAGGGGAUGUACAGUCCGAUCCAGCCUUCUCCGAUCCUGAGAGUGAGGGCAAGAGGAGGAUCAUCUUCACCAUCUCCCCUGCAACGGGAACCAUCAAGCAAUCCCCCUCGAACAAGCACAGCCCCCUCACUGCGAGCGUCCGGAUGGAAUGCGGCCAGGUGUACAUGCAGGAUGGAAAAAAGCGCGGGCGGAGGAAGCGGUCUUCCACGGGAACCCCGAGUGUCAAUUCCGGGGUGUCACCAAAACGCAAAUCGCUGCCUACAGUGGCUGGGCUCUUUGCUCAGCCAUCGGGGUCUCCACUGAAUAUCAACUCCAUGGUCAGUAACAUUAACCAGCCUUUAGAAAUAACAGCCAUUUCUUCCCCCGAAAACUCCCUGAAGAAUUCUCCUGUUCCAUACCAGGACAACGACCAGCCGCCAGUGCUGAAAAAGGAGAAGCCGCUGCCCCAGACCAAUGGCAUCCAUUACUCACCCCUGACAUCCGACGAAGAGCAGGGAUCGGAGGACGACCGGAACAGUACCAGGAUUGAGAGGAAAAUUGCAACGAUAUCUCUGGAAAGCAAAUCUCCACAAAAGCCGAUGGAAAACAGCCUCAGUUUAACUGGGAGAAAGCAAGCCAGCGAGAAUGUGAACAUGAGCAAGUGGAAAUCGACCUUCUCUCCGAUAUCCGACAUCAACUUGACCAAAACUAUGGACAGUCCUUUGCAGGCAUCAGCAUCAUCCCUGGGCCAGAACUCCCUCUUUGCUGGUUUGAGGCCUUCCUCUGAGGACAGCCCGGCCGGAGACGCCAAGGCAGCUGCUGCGCACCCGAGGAAACAUAUGUCUGCCCCUGGGCCUGACGGGGUUGGGCAAAGUACAACCCCCCUGAAUGGAUUCACUUAUAAUGGAGGGUUGUCAAUGGACGGUUUACAUAGCUUUAUUGAUGGUGCUUCGCUGCCUCAUAAAAAUGCCGACAUGGUGACUGCGGCGGCCCUGGGCGGCUCCUCGCUGAGCUUCCUGGUGCAGCGGAACAAGGAAUCUGGGGGCUCUGAGACAAACCCGUUCUUGAGCAAAAGACAGCUAGAAAGCCUGGGAGCUGGGAAGGGGGAAGACUUAAACUGGCCUGGGCCUAAAGGCAAAGAGGGCAAUGAACUCAGCCUCCGCUUAGGGACCACUACUGAAAAGGCCUCGCUGCUUCACAAUGGCAAAAUGGGCAGCAAAGGGCGGGAGUGGGAUGUGGAGUUCAAGAACGGGCACAACCUCUUCAUUGCCGCUGCUGCUGUUCCUCCCUCCAGUGGCCUCCUCAACGGCAAAGGACUCUCCACACCUUCCUCCAGCGGAUCACCCGUGACGGCCUCCUCCGCCCAGGCACACCACUCCUUCUUGAACUCCUUAGCUUCCGGGUCGCAGUUCCCCCUCGGCCCCAUGGUGACAAACUCCUCGGUACUGCAGUCCUUAUUUAACUCGAUGCCAGCCACCGGCCUGGUCCACGUCUCGUCGGCCGCCACCCGCUUGACCAACUCUCAUGCGAUGGGGAGUUUUUCCCCGGGGGUGACGGGUGGAACAGUUGGAGGUAUUUUUAACCAUGUGGUGCCUUCUGCCUCCUCCUCCUCCUCUUCCACUCCCUCCCCUUCCACUUCCUCUUUUCCUUCUUCCGCUUCCUCCCUCCAUUUCGGGACCACCUUGGGCAGCAGCACCGUCUCCAGCUGUGCCGUCCUCAGCUUAAACCCUUUGCCGGUUACGGCGGGCUCCCCGUCAUUCCACGCACCCUCCGGCGAGCUCCAACAUUCUGGUCGAGCCGCCGCGCAACCCUCCCUCCAUACCUCUCCACCCCCAAAUGUUUCACUCCCACCCCUGCCUCCACUCCUCGCGUCUAACCCGGAACCCAUCUUUCUGCAGAGUCUCUCUGCCUUGCCGCCAUCCUCCACUGCUAACUCCACUUUGUCUGUUAAACUAGCUUCUCUCCAGCACAAAACCUCCCGCCCUUCCUUCACUGUCCACCACCCGCCUUUGCCUCGCUUGGCGCUGGCCCAGGCCGCGGCCGGGAUCCCACAGACCAACGCGGCCGGCGCGCCCGCUAUGUGGGUCGCCCUUGGCACGCAGUCGCCUUACGCUUCGCACCUCGCGGGGGUUAAGCCACGGUAAAAGCGGGAUCUGCUUAGCUUUCUAAGCAGUUUGUGCUCUGCAAGGUAACUAGGAUUUCUACCUCAACCCAUCGUGACCUAUGCAAGGACAACCUGGACCAACUUCUUCCAGCUUCCACCGAAGGUGCUGUUUGCCUUGGCGGCUAAAAGAGUUCCCCCUUCCCUCUUUUGUUGUUGUUAUCUCUUUUACUACUGGACAGAAACAAUCAUAAAAAACCGGAGGAAAUGAAAUGCUACUGUGAAUCUUAAGUUAAAUAGAUAGAGAUAAAUAUAAAUAUAUAUAUAUAUAAAUAUAUAUAUAUAGAGAGCAGAAAAUAAAUGCUUAGAAUCAGCUCCAGUUUGUAUUGUUGAUAGUUUAGAUAUUUAUAUACAUAUAUAUAUAUAUAUAUAUUUUUAAAUGUGUUAAACACAACUCAGACACAACUUUAUUUUUGGGGCGGGGGGUUUCCAUCCGAAGUUGUAGAACUGAAGAAAACAAAAAAGAGGGUGACUUUAAACAUUCAAUAACAGCUUUCUGUGAAAUAAAAGGACUGGCACACCAGCAGAGAUGUAACAAGGCUUCUUGUGGUGCUAUCGACUUCCAGCAGGAACAGUGCCUCUCCGGUCUGAACCCGUGGUGCUUUUUGGGGUUAUUUUUAAAGAAAAAACGAACUUGGGUUUCUAUUUUUGGCGUGGUGGGAAUGACCGACACCAAACCCGCGUUGUUCCUGGAUGCUGUCUGUGUAUUUAUUCUGCCUAUUCUCGAAUGACGUAUGUCAACUUGACUGGGUUAGUAUUAUUAUGUUGUUUUUGUCUCGGAGCCAGGAAAUCAGCAAAAUUGAUGGUUUUCUCUUUUUUGUUUUUUUUAGCGGGGGAAACUUUGUGCUUCAUUUUUGUUUUCGAAAUAGGUCCAGGUAUCAAUGUAAUGCAUAUUGCAACCAGGAAGGUGAUGAAACACACUGAUGUGCGCUCUCUUGCACUCCUCCUUUCCAGGCCCUAGGCAGAAUUCAGCUAUGGUGCUCGUUCGUAACCAGCGGUGUUCCCUGCAACCCUUUGCCGAAAGGCAUUUCAGACAUCCAGGUGCUUUUUUUUGGAAGGGUGUCUCUGCCUUAUUAUGUGAAAGCCAAAAGGCGGAGUUAAACGACAGUUUACGAGGGGUGGGAGAGGGAUGGGUAGCUCUUGGGCCUCCAUCUUCUCUUUGGACUACAGUGCCCAUCAUCAUCUUUCACUGUUGCCUGGAGCUGAUGUGAGUCCAACGGCACUCAGAGGACUAAUCUAGGGUAACAAAACCUCUGGGGCAGGUGACUCGUAAAACCAGUCUCUGGUGUUCCAGGUUGUUAGUUCACUUCCGGCAAGAGGUGGGCAUGUCGGCAUUGGGCUACCAAAGUGUGGCCCCAUAAAGCCCCCAGACCAGACCCGUGGAUCCCAAACUUUGGUCCCCCAGAUGCUUUUGGAGAUGUUUCAGCUCCUAAAGUUCUUGACUAUUGACCAAGCUGGCUGGAGCCUCUAAGGCACUGAAGUCCAAAACACCUGGAAAACCAAAGUUUAGGAAUCAGUUCGGGUACCGGAAGGGUGUAUUUUUCUCACUGUGAACAGCCUCGCUAGCAUAGUUGGCCGCAGAUAUUCUUGACUUUCAGAGAGAGAAAACCCCAAUGUUAUUUAUCUCCCAAGUCCAGUUUCCAUCUUUCACGCUACAGCCUUCUCCGUGCUCUUGGUUAAGGUUAAGAACCUCAGCGGUGUGAAGCAGCAGUCCAGAUCUCCUUCCUCCCUUGCUGUCUUCUGAAUAUACUUUCCCCUUCAUUUUUUGCACUGCAUUCGGAGUCUAAUCCGAUGUUCUCACGGGGGAUACGGUGGUGGAGGAGCUAAACCUGUUCCCAUCCAUAGCAGUCCUCUUGUCCGAAGACUAAUUUUACUUAGAGCAAACUUCUCAAACACAGAACAGUCCUCAAAAUUGGGUCCGCUGGGUGUUUUGGACUUCAGUUCCCAGCAGCUCUAGCGAGUUUGGCUAAUGGUCAGGGAUUCUGGGAGCUGAAGUCUUAAGACAUCUGUAGGACCAGAGAUUUAAGAACCAUUGACUUAAGAAAGUGUCGGCCCUACAUGCCAUAAUUCCUCUCAGAUUAGCCAGACCGUUUUCAGUAGGACUUGAGAAAUCAGAGGACCGAGAUGUGUAUGUCGGGGUAGCCUUGCAUUUCAUCUUCAAUUUUUUGUUUCUUCAACAUACAGUGUCUUUUUGGGCAUUGUUAGUUAAUUUUGAUACUUGAUCAAGAGAAGCAGCUUUGUUUUGGCAAUGUUUUAUCAGCUUUGAACCAUACACUUGCUUGCUCAUUAAUUUUGUGUAUGUAAUGCUUUUGCAUUUAACAUAGGGUUGUAAUGUUGUUUCACACAUCAGAAGGAAACACAUCACAGUCUUUGUAGCACACUUAAUACACUUGGUGCAGUUUUUAACAAGUGACUUGGAUGAUCAUUGCACACAAAGGGUUUUAGUUGUUUUUUAAAGGCACACCACUUCUUGACAGGGACAAGUAUCUUGUAGCGACGUGUCGAUAAUUUCUAUAUAAAAAGACUUAAGGCUUUCCAUUUAUUUUCAUUAAGUUGUGUUGUUCAUAAAGCUUGGUUUUAUUUAUUUGAGCAUGGAAAGCAGGGGAUGGAAGGGGAAACUAUAAUUGUUUUCCUAGUUUGGCUUCUGGCUCAGCAUUUAGGAUGAACAAGCGAGAGAAGAUGCAAUAAUUCAGAUUGUGUUAGCCGUGUAAAGUGGAAACAUGGUGCUCUUGUCUUUUAUAAUGCUAACUUGACAAAAGGGGUGUUGAGAGGAUGGAGUUGAGGCGAGAUCUGUAUCUCGCCCCACCCAAAAUAUUCUUGACUCUUUGAGAAAAAGGCAUUGUCUUCUAUCCUUGAGUCACACAGGAGCCUCCAAAGCUUGCCUUGUUCAAUAGGCAAGAUGGCAGCAGGUGUAGCUUAAGAAUAUCUGGACGGAUAUCUAGGAUGGAAACGAGUGAGAAGAGAAAAUGUUAGGUCUUUCUGCCAACAGCAUUCAGAGCCUUUGAGUGUUUUGUUGCUGUUCCUCCUUCACAACAUCCGUUGCUUCGGUCUCGGUUUAUAGAGGGACAGAAGAGUUGGGGGGAAACUGGCCAAAUAAGGGGAGCCCACUCCAUACUACUUUGGACAUCCCUUCUGGAGGCUUUACGAAUAAUUGCUCUGCAUACCAAUAAACCUCUGGCAGGUGGAUAGCAGAGAGAUACUUUAUCACACACUGCACAUCCUUUCUCUCCCUUCUUUUGUCCCACCUUGAACCGAGGUACAAAACCUUAUUAACUCCUCUACUUUUCUUUGCCAAACCUUUGAGGAAAAAAUCACUCCUCUUCUCCCAGUUCUUGUCUAUACCGAUAAAGUAGCCAAAUGUCCAACACAAGGUCCGUUUUCUUGCCCUGGGCAAGUCAGUGCUUGUAUCUGGAUCAACUGUGCCACUCUGUCCGUUUUGCAUGUUUUUCUUACGGCGGCAUAAAUUGGAUGCCAAGUUGCACUGAACCUUCCUCCAGCUGUUUAGAUCUAGAGGGAGCUUUCUGCUAGGAAGGAGCGAUUUCGAAAUGCCUAUGAAAUCAAGCUGUAACAAGAGAGAUUUCCUUGGUGAAGUAUUUACAAGACUUCUAUUCUGCCAGGAAGCUGGCUUUGCUUGACAGUAGGGAAUGAAAUUUUGAUGACAAGGAGGCGAUGGCUAAACCAAAAGAUCUGCUUCUUAGAAGCUCACUCCUUGUUGAAAAGAGCUAUUCCCCCAGCCCUUAACAAGCAACAAGACAACAAAAACAAGAUUCCUUAGCGGCAAAAUUGAGAUUGUUUUUGGAUCCAGUGUCCCUUUGGGAAGGCCAGUUUAAAUCCGUUCCAUCCUUCUCCGUCUUCUGCAGUUCAAAAAGUCCCCCAUAGCACUGUUUGACCAAGGAGACUGGAGUCAGAGAUCCCUCUCCUGUUCUCAACAGAGACAAAGUACAGGGCAAAGUAAGGGUUUGCUUUAUAGUAUUAACAAAAUAUGGAAGGGAGUGUUGUCAAAUAAAUUAGCCUCUUCAACAAGACCGAACCACCUGCCUUUAAUGAGGCGGCUGCUCAGAUUUGGAGCACCCAAGUUCUCAGAGAAGGGCCAUUUUUGGGGACCAUCCUCCUGGGCUCUCCUUAUUCCACUGUGCGCUUUUCAGUUUCUUCUGGUGCUGUCCCAAGAACUGUGCAGAGCUAAAAGCCGAGCGCUUUCUUGUCCCCGUCGCUUAUUCCUGACACAGCGAUGGAUCUCUGAAAUGCCCCAGUCGGUCCUUUGCUAUCACUGGAUGUGCAGCAACCAAACUUGCCACAGUUGGGACGUGGAGUUUUAUUUCUGUUGCGUGCACAAAGCCAACUGCAACUUUUUGGAUAACUUUUUGGGGACGCAUGUAUCUGGAAGCAGAAUCAGCCCCCAGGGUCCCUUUGUUGGUGCUAUGUGCAAAUACUGGUUUUAUGACGUGAGGGCUUCGGCCCUUGACCCAGCAUCCUGGUUAACCGCUGCUAGGGCAGGGUGCGGGUUCUUCUCAGCUAAAAUGUCAGAAAAACAGGUCUUAUCUUUUCCGCUGUUAAGUGCACAGAUCUUCUGUUUAGUUUUAUUGUGGGAGCAUCAGCCAUUUUUGCUGCCGUGACUUCUUUGGACGGGAGGUGGCUUGGUUCACCCCAAAACACUUUUAAAAACCCCAUUCCGGUACAGAACAUGGUGCUAUGGGUUGUGUGUGUUUCUGUAUUCGCCUGCUAGAUCUGCAAUCCGCCUUAUCCACGGCCGUCUUAGACUAACCAAGGAUUGCCGGUUGCUUUCGUAUUGCCCACGUAUAGUCGUGUUUCUACAGUGGUUAACAAUUUUACACAAGGCCAAACCACACACCUGCUUUUCCUGAACCAUCCGUUUGGUUUCUGUCGGUGCCUGAACAAAAGAAAUGAGUAGAGUACCUUUGUCGUCUGCAUUUUGGGAUCCCCUUGCGUUUUGCUGUCCUCCGCUUUUAAAAUACUGGCUGCUCUGGUGUCUUUUAAUACUUCAGGCUGAGUUGUGGUGGUGUUUUAUGUGCGUCUGCCCAGUUUGCUACAGCGAUUAAUAUUUCUGAAAUCACUGACAGACAGAGUUAUUGGCUGAACCGAAGGGGUUCUUUUUACGAACGGCGUGGGAUUUGUUUAAUUUCCCAGUAUGGUUUACUUCAAAAGUGUCUGGGGCGGGGAGCAAGAGACAACAGAUUUUUGCUGUUGAGUAAAACUAUUUUUCAAUACUUCUGUGAGUUGUAAAGAAAGGGGAAAAUAAAGAGGCCUUUGUUUGGAUUCUUCCAUCUCUGGUAAGAUCAGUCGCAUCGCUAGGAGAGGAGUUGGAAGUGUAAGAAGGAACCCAGUUUACAAAAAUACCUUGCCUGGUCUCCUAAAGCAAUUAUACACUUCCUAGAGGUGACCACCAUUUUAUGGCCAUUUUAACGCGUUCAAACUGAAGCUGUCUUCUUCAGUAUAAACUUACAGGGCUCUACGAAGGUCGAGGUGUACAGGGCAGUUUUAAUUCCUUCACGUACGUAUCUUCCCUCCAUCCAAGCCGGUGGUCCUCUCAGCUCUUCAUGUAGCCUUUGGCAAUGAGGUGGAAACUUAAAUUUAUCCUGAAAGCGAGGUAAGGGAAAGUUAGGACUAGCUAACGUAGCGGUUUAGCUAACUUAACUGCUCCUUGGAGCGCUUGGCGUUUCUGAGCGCUCUGGAAAUGUCGUACCGUGUAUGAAUUUUGCUUUUUUUUAUUACAAAUCCCCCAGGAAUGGAAAUCUGCUUUGCUGAUGAAAUUCAGUCAGUGAUGGAAAUUACUGCUGCUCAGGAAUUCAUUUGUAAGAUAAUAAGUAUAAAUAUAAAUAUAUAUGUAAAAACAAAAAAUUCUGUUUGUAAAUGGAUCGAAGGGAGUUCCCAUUUUCUUAAGAGGUGGUGAUAUGGGAUGUUCUUUCCUAGGGACUUGAUUUGUACACAUUAGCCCAUGAAAAGUGAAAUUUAUUUAAAAUCCAAACGCUUCUUUAAUACGUCUUUGGUUUGUCUCGUUUUUUUAAUUUCGGUCCCUACGUUUUAACUUGUCAUUCUUCCAUGGAGCUCAUGUGAAACCUCCUUUUGCGUGUGUAUAUAUGUAAUGAUAAUAAUAAUAAUAAUUAAUAAUAAUAAUAAUCUUAUCGAUAUAUUUUCCACUUUUCUGGCCCUUCCAGUCCUCUGCACUGCAAAAGUUUUUCUUUCCGUUCUCAUCUCCAUUAUGAACCUCCCUCCCAACCCCACUUCACCUUGAUUUGUAAUUAAAAAAAAAGGCUUUGAAGUUUUGUCUUUAUAUUAAAAAAAAUGUAUGUAUUUUAAUACACUGUA